CUUCCUUGUCUUUGAUUCCUGAGAGGGCCUUUGACCCAGCAUCCCUAGGACCACAGAAAAUGGGGACCCCAGUGAUCAUGGGGUAUUGUAAUUCUCUGCAGGCAGGAGAGCCAUUGCAACAAUUACAGACCUACGUGGCCUGGGUGAAUGCCCAGCUAAAGAAGAGGCCUGAGGUGAAACCCGUGCAAGAUCUUCGGCAAGAUCUUCGGGAUGGUGUCAUCUUGGCAUACCUGAUAGAGAUUGUUGCUGGAGAGAAGUUGAAUGGGUUGCAACUGAAUCCCAGCAAUCAGCAGGAAAUGAAGAACAAUGUGGAAAAAGUGCUACAGUUUGUGGCCUCCAAAAAGAUUCGAAUGCAUCAGACCUCUGCUAAAGACAUUGUGGAAGGAAACCUGAAGUCUAUCAUGAGGCUGGUCCUUGCCUUGGCAGCACAUUUCAAACCUGGUUCCAAUAGGAUGGUGAGCCACAGAAGGAACUCCAGAGCCCCAGUGCAGAGUCACCAACCACACUCUGCCACUGCAGUGGCUCAGGGUGCAGCUGCUGCUUUGGCAGAUGUAUGUCAUGACAUGUCACGGUCUGGGCGAGAUGUCUUCCGAUACAGACAAAGAAACAGCAGCAUGGAUGAAGAAAUUGAAAAUCCGUACUGGAGUGUUCGGGCACUGGUGCAACAAUAUGAGGGGCAUCAAGGACCCUCAUCCAAGGCCAGCUCCUCCAGGUAA